UUCUGGGUCAUGACAAAAGAAAUUCAUUGUAAAAAAAGAAAGGAAAAAGGGAGUAGAGAAGAGAAGAGGAGAGAGAGUGAAUUAGGGAGUGAUAGGCGGGAGGUUGACUGAGUGUCCAGUUGAGUAAAUUGGUCUGGUCGCUGAAAGCUUCUUGUCGCCACGGUGCUGGUGCUGGUGCUGGAUGCCAUGGCAAUUGCUCCCUCUGUGCGUGUGCAUGUACUGUAGUAUGAUGUUGGUUUCCAUGGUAAAGAUGACACGGAUCCCAUGCUGGCUCAGAGGUAAUUCAGCAUGUGUCGUGGAAAGCUACAAUUACAAGUUUCUCAUCUCUUGUGCAUUAAUUUUAUUUGAGUGAAAACCGAAAGCUUUUUUUGUUAAUACUCUUUUGAAAAUAUCCCGUCACUGUUGUACUUUUUUGGUUAUAAAGAAACAAACAAUAGAUUUCAUACUUCCUGAGAACAUAUGUCUCACUUUGAUUCGUCUGCUCGACAAAAACUGGGCGUGUGCAAUGACAUUCAUGUAGCGAGAUGAAUGAUGCGGUGCGUGUUAUCUGCAUGCAGAUUUCUGAGUGCUCCAGAAAUUGAACAGUGAUUUGCGAUGCUUUACGUAGACGCUCAGCCAAACACUUUACCUUCUUCGUCAUUGUCUUUCAACGGGAUGUGCAGUUCUAGCAAAGGACCACAGAGGGUUGGUUGUAAAUAUACAGUAGGUGAUUUUUCAGGAGUUGUUUAGCCUUAACUCUUGCACAGUAUGAGAUGCUAACUUAAUAUUUCAUGUCUCGUCUGCCCCACAUGUAGAUGGCCUUAUAACUAAUUUAUCCUCAGGAUUUUCCCCGUGUUUGAGUCAUCACUCACUUCCACUUCCUUUUGUCUAAUGCUCUCCAUUCAUCUCAUUAGGCCAUGUCCCACAGUACAUUAUAAAUAUAACCUCUCUUUUGUUGUAAUCAUGUAGAUGAACUAGUAAAUCUUUAAAUCACUAUCUCAUUAGCCCUUUGGGAUUAGGAUAUAUUCUGGAGAAGGCUCCCAGUUUGGAUUAAGUCAAGGGAAACCAUGUGGUACUUUUGGGGUUAUUUCAUGAUUUCCCUGUAGGGAAGGGGUCAUGUUUACAGUAAAGGUAAUUGGUAUUUGAGACUCAGCAGACACAGCAUAUUAUCCCUGAGGUCAUUACUCUUCUGCUGAAAAUGGGUUAUCUACCCACAGCCUGAAUGUAACUAAUUGACAGCUGAAAUGUAAAGCACAAAUAUGUAAUUUUCACUGAAAGACGAGGUAUCGUCACCACACUGUGAUUAAGUGAUGAAACUGCCAAUUGGCCAUGAUUGAGUUUGUCUUUAAACUCUUACCAUCUAAGUAAUCAAUGAUGUUAAAUAUUGAAUCUAAAAUAAUUGCAAACUGCUUCUUUUCUCGGUAAAGUGGUGAAUCUGUUCUGAUCAACUUCGUUCUCUUUAAGUCCUAGUGGCUCUAAAACGUCCACUAUAUUGUAGAGAAAUCAAAUUCAUUUUGUAUAUUCAAUCAAUAUAUAUUGUUUUUGCCUGCAACUAACGAUUAUUUUCUUACGUGUUUAAUAAUUUAGUUUUUAGCACAUCAGAAAACUGAAAAAUGCCCACUGCCCUUUACAAUUCCUCGAGGCCAAGACGACGUCAUUAAUGCCUCAUUUUGACUGAUCAAAAGCCUAAUUUACUCUAUUGUAAGAGACUAAAAAACAGAAGAAAAUUCUCAAGUUUGAGUAGCUCGAACCAGCGAGUGUUUUUUACUUGCAUAAUAAUUGAAUAUCAAAAAUAGAUGCUGAUUUAUUUACUGCCCACAGAUUAAGCGAUUAAAGUCUGAUCCUUGCAGCUUGAAAACAUUUAAUUCAGAAAUUGUAUACUGUCCAAUGAAAACCACGUUCCUGCAUCUUUCUUUAUACUGCUUUUAGUUUUAGAAACAACUUCUUGUGGUAAAAAAGAUAAACAUUAACAAACCCAUUGGAUUAUCUAAAAAAGUCAAAGCUGAAGACCGCUUUCAUGCCUCAUGGAAAGUUUCCAUUGUGGAGAUACAUGGUUUAUAGGCCCUUUGCGAUAGAAGAUAGAUAAGACGGAUGACACAGAUAAAAUAGAUUAGAAGGAUGGAUAGAUAGAUAGAUAUAUAGAUGUAUAGACAGACAGACAGACAUUAGCCUAUGACAUGAGCUUUGAGAAUGUCAUAUCGACUUUGUUUCAUUGGUGAAUCCAAUUUCUUGCCACUGGACCACAAACAAUUGCUUGAUUAAUUCCCCACUCUGUUGCACAGAUGAUGACAUGGUCGUUACUGUAUGUGUGUGUGUGGGGGGGAGGGGGACCUGAGGUAGAAAACGCCGGAAAGUUGAGCUGCUGCCAUAGACAUGGAGGGCCUCCUGAGGAGCAUCCGAGCUGUUCUUCUUGCUCUGUCUGUUGAAUUUCUCGCCGACCUACUUGCUUUGGAGCUGUGCCAUUGGCUCUGGUUUGUCAAAUUGUUAAUCCAAUAAAUAGCUUGGCAGUCAAAGCCACUUCAAACAUAUUUCUCGUCAAAAAGAUAAACACAGAUUAUGAAAGUAUUGAGGGGAAAAAACUGCCACGUCCAGAGCAAGCACCUGAAAGAGCGCAUGCAUUGAUAAGUCACACUUCCAGCAUGACAAUGUAUGAUGAUGUAGUAGACAUGUGACUGGAAUUACCGGGAACUGCAGCAACGGUUUUCAGACUAGUGAGUAAUGGAUAGUAUGGUGACAUAUGAGCAUGUAUGCAACAGUGUAAUGAAAGGACCAGGGGUGAGUCAUGUAGAUGGCUGAAAAGCUCUCACACACACUCCCCAGGGAUUGUUCAUUGGCAUCACCUCCCUGCCAGAGGGCACUCAUCCCACAAACCCUCUCUGCUGGAGAGCUACCGUGUCAGGAGUGGUGGAGUAAUGCCUUUGCUUGUGUCAUGCCGUGCCAUCACAGCUGCUUUUUUUUCCACAAACAAACAAAGCUUUGGAGGAAAAACCUCAACAUCCCAAAUAUCAACACCAGACCAUCUGAGAAGAGGGUGAUUGAUCAUAUGCUUGGUGUAUUACACCACAUCAGACAUGCUGAACCAGUCACACUCAAUGUCUAAAUGAGUCACUCACCUCAAUUGUGGGUCACGCUGCCACCUCAGCUCGUACGUUUCCGGACAGCUUAUUCACCUCAAUUACAAACAGGAAAGCUUAGAAAUGUAGCCUGUUUAUUUGUGACAGUUCUGGGUCAACCAUUACAAACUUAUGCUCUGCAUCCAAGCCUUUUUCAAAUCCCACACAAAUAGAUUUUUAUUUAAGUGUAGAUCCAGUAGUUUUAAAAGAUGACAAACAUGUCAUGCUGAAUGUUGGUUAAAAUUGGUAUAAAGUGAUGCACAUUUGAGACAUUUCAUGGCACAUUUAUAAAAGAAGUUUUGAGUUUGAGUCCAAAAAGGACGUGUAUGUUUGACAUGGACAAAGUGUGCAAAAGUGGAAAAGGGCACCAAAAAAGCUUGUUUUGAAGUAGUUCUCCCUGUCAUCAGAAUCACGAGUGUCGUGUUUUUCAGUGGCCUCGUUUUACAUUAAGACUGAGACUGAAAAAUCAGGCCAAAGGACAAAUGUAAGUGGUGUGAGGACAAGUUGUGACUUUAGUAUCAGUUUUGCUUUAUUACACAAAAGUUUAUAAUCCCAGGAAAGUUUGUUUCCGGGAUGUUUCUUUUAGACGGUAGUGCUGAACAGAUGCUUGAACCAAGUGUCGACCAUUGUUACAAUGUAUACUGACAACCUGUAAGAUGCACAGCAGUGUUUUUGCGUAAAUUUGAUUAGCUUCACUUCUUGUUCACAGUGGUUUUAGAGCUGAAAACAUUCUAAAAUCUCAGUGUUGUUGCCCUUCUUUCCUACUAAAAUAAAAUAUAUAAGAAAACGCUUUAGGUAGCCUAGCCGUGGAAAGGCAAAUGUGCAUUUCCUUGCAUGUUCCCCUUGAUAAUGUAUAACUGUGAAGAUAAAGGAAAAGAAGAGGGAGGAUGUGAACUAUGCUUUUGCCAUUGGCCACAUUUUUCUGUCUCAUGAAUCACACAAAUUAGAGUGUUUCAACAUGUUGAACAGUGCUGUGUUAAGGAACACAUUACUGCUGUAAAACUGUCUAGAUGACACAGUCAAACAGUGUAAUGGCUGAACACAGAAGACAUGGAGCUGAGAGUUAGGUGUCAGGGUUGUCUUCACUGCUCCUGUCAGCCUUAGUGACUCUUAAGUAGCCAAGUGCUGCUAUCUGGUGUGUUUCCAUUAAGCUAAUAUGUGGAACACGAGGGCUUAUCACAGAGCUGUGAUUCCUAAACUAUUAUUCAUUUAUAUAGAAUGACCUGUCGGCACUUCUGCCAGCUGUGUGUGAAACAUCUUAAUGAGAAACAAUCAAACUUGCAUUUUCAUGUUGAAAUGUUUCUGCGUUCAUCAGGCUGGUGUCUGGGGUUCUUUUAUACAUUUCAUUGAUCAUCAUGUGUUUUAUAGAUCACCAUCAAUACUAAGAAUAUCCAAGCAUACAAAAAAAACAUUUCUAUCAAUUAAAAAAAUACAAAAUACUGUUUGUACUUUUAGAAGAUACCAAUAUUUACAACUGAAAUACAAAUGAUCAUCAAUACAAAGCAUAUAAUAAUAGAACCACCUUGCUUUUCAGAAUAUUCUCCUUAAAUAUGAAUUCGUCAUUUGGUAAAAAAAGGUUUAAUUUCAUUUCCCAAAAAACAACACAUUCUCUACACUUUCAGAAAUGGCAGUAUACUCAAAUGUCUUCCAUUUCUUAAAUUUCUCAUCUUCCCAAAACAUCAUUUAUAACCAGUUGCAACCAAUGGACAUUUCUGCUGUUUUCCUAAUUGCCAUAUAUGACAGUGGGGUACACUUAGUGUAGAAGUCGGGGAGAAUGGAGGCAGUGAAAAGCGACAUUUUGAGAACAGCGACAUCAACAAGGUCACAAACAAUGAGAUGGCCGGUCUGUUUGACCGGACUGAGCCACGUGUCCCUUUAACGUUCUAUGGAUUGUUUGCAAAAGGUCGUCUGCAUGGCGGUGGCAGGUGGUCCAAGUCAACAAGAGGUGUGUCACCAGUCCGAUGUGGCACGGGAUAUCUGACUGACAUGGGCUGUAAAUAAGACGUCCACUGAGUAUCUUUCUUGUGGCAAAGUACGUCUCAGGUGACCGCAAGGAAUCUUGACUCUGCUCAGAUACACGGAGCCGACGUUCAGAAUCCCAACGCCUCAAACUUGGCAUCGCGUCUCCCUCUUUAGCAGUUGCCUAAAGUGUAUAAUUAGAAUCUGCUAUUUUAGAAAACCGGCGUCCCCGUCUCAACACCCCGCUGUCUUACACCUCUCUCUACUUGCACUGGAAAUAUUUUUGGAGAAGGCAUGUGAAGUUACUUGGUGACACUUUUAACAGGACUUUUAUUUAACACUUUGGUGUACAUUCAUUGGAACUUUUUUCUCUGUGAUGCCAUUAGAAUACAUGUUCAACAUUUAAUAACGAUAGUGUUGAUAAUAUCAAUGCACAAGUACCAAAUAAAUCUCAGCUUUUUUGUAAAGAAAACAUAAAGAGCAGUAUGUGAGCUGAAUUUCCACUUUACAAUUCAUGAAACGGCCCCCUGUGAGACCGUUUCAUCACUUCUGUUUACUUUCAAUGUCACGGCCUGAAAAGACAUUUCCUUACCAAUGUUACAAGUAUUAUUUUAGAAGUACUUUAUGGCCUAUCUUUACACACCGGCUCUUAUUUUCAACUUCGUAUGCCUUUGAUGUAGCCUGUAGUACAUUGCCUCAUUGUUGGAUUUGUCAUUGAUAAAAUACUAAAGCAUCUGUUGUAUUUCAUGCCAGCAGGGUGGCAGUGUUGCAACACUGGGGAUAUAUGAUUAACUUGAAAAUGAAUGGAAUAUUCCUGAUGGACGAGUACAUCUUCAUUCUUGAAACUAAAGGGAAAGGAGGAGUGCGUAUAUGUACCAAAAAGAACAUUUUUCACAGAUGUAUCAUUUGAUUCAUCAAAAAAGGCCACUUUAGUGAUGGUUAAAGCCUUAAAUAUGAAGUGAUCUAGCAAACGUACAGCAUGCAGUAGGUAUUGCAGUAGGCUUAUUGUUCAUUGUUUAUUGAAAAAUGAAUGAAUUAAUGAAUAAACAUUGUAUGACACAACAGUAAAUAAUUUCAAUUUUAGGGUACAAAUGGUAGGAGUAUGAGAAGAAAGGGUACCAUGUUGUACUUGGUUAGUGGCAUAUUCUCCUAAAGUUUUUUUUUAAACCCGAUAGUUACAGUUCAGGUCUACUCAUUUCUGAGCAUGGUGAUCUUGAUCAUUAAAGAAGUGAAUGGUUUAUGGAUGGCCUCUGAUAGCAGAUUGGACAUUUUACGACGUGAUUACUUUAGAUUUUGUUAACUUCUCACUGAUAUUAAAUGCACAGAAAGUGAUUAAUUGAUGACUGUGAUUUGGGAAAGUCAGAUUUUUUUUUUUCUGGUUGAUUGAAGUUACUGGUAAUUACAAUCAUUAAAGUCAGUCUUUAUUUGGAUGCAAGCAGCUGGCUGAGAGUCAAACAUCUGCAGUCCAUCACAAGGCAACCAACUCCCAUGAGAACAAAGAAAACAAAGGGGUGAUUAGGACUUUGUCUCAUUUAGUUUCUGCUCACAUUGUAAAUCCAGCCACGUCAUGGUACGUUGCAUAAAUAUUUUUCUUGUGUAACCUCAAAAUGUUGCUUUUGCAUUAGGUGGCAAUGCUUUCCCAAUAGCAGAAAGUCAGUAGUCUUGUGACCAGAAAUUCCCAAGAUACAUCUGAAAGUUUUGUUAAGUUUUAUUCAUUUAACCAAGAUUGACAUUUGCAUUCUUUUCAUAUAAGGACACUUGCUCUUUAUUGCUCCUCUGCCAUGAGCAGCGCUGCAAUAGUCUCCUACUUGCGCCGUGUAACAUGAUUCUCUAAAACGUAAUAAUAUUUCCACUGCUUCCUAAAAAUAUGAGGAAUAUUUAAACUUGCACAAUGGUGGUCAAAGUUAAAAAGGAGUCACGCUCAUCCUGUAGAAGAGCACCUCACUUCGACUCCCUCAUGUCUCCCUCCCUCCCUCUGACAGUGUGUGAUGGGAGGAGCUCCAGUGUGUUGAGUGUCCAGAGGCAGGCUGUAGUACGAGACUGUGUCAGAGGGAGAGUGUGGACCUGCGGACUCAGAGCUGUCAUCUACCAGACUCUGCUGUUUCUGUGGAAUUUUUCUUCUGACACUUCCUGGAGGAGGAAUCAGUCUGUCUGUGUCACCUAAAGGAAACCUUUUUUAGAUCUAAAGGGGAGUUUUUGUUUUCUCGGCUGAGUGGGAUUGAGUAUCUCAGCUGAGACCCGGCGGUGCCACCUACGCAUGGAGGCUGAUCGGUGGAGGCUUUCUGUCUUGUUCUGAGGUCUCAGCUCUUUAUUCCAAACCAGCAUCAUCUUCUGCAGGCCCAAAGGAGUCACCACAGUGCAUAGGCCUUCCAUUCAAGGAGCCUUGAGCUGCAGAAAGAGAGAGAGGGAGAGAAUAUAAACACGGCUUUAAAAAAGGCGCUCUUCAUGAAUUCCCGAAAAACCUAAAAGGCAAAUACUGCGAGUUGGCUGGCGGUCCUGAGGAGGCAUGUGGACAAUGAGUAUGGCUUGGCUCUGUCUCCCAGCCUACACCGUCUUCCUUGUUGGUUGCUUUCAUACAGCUGUCACGGAAAGCGAUGUCACUCCACGCCUCACCUUCUCCUACAAUGUGAAGGAGAGGACAACCAGAAGUUUCUCAGUCGGCGGAGUCUUCAACUUCACCUCUCUCCUACUCAGUAAAGAAGACAACACGCUGUACGUUGGCGCUCGGGAGAUCCUCUUUGCUCUCAACCUCGCUGACAUCAGUGCCGGCAAGCUACAAAGAAAUCUCACGUGGAAAACUCCAGAGAAGAAGAGAGACGAGUGCAGUUUCAAAGGCAAAGACCUGCAGACGGAUUGCUUCAACUACAUCAAGAUUUUACUCCCUCUGAACAGCACUCAUCUGUAUGUGUGUGGAACAUACGCCUUCAGCCCCACCUGUGCUUACAUAAACACUACAGACUUCUCCCUUGUCAAGAGUGAUGCUGGUGAGAUUGUAACAGAAGAUGGACGAAGCCGCUGCCCCUUUAACCCUGAAUACAAGUCCACUGCUAUCAUGGCUGAUGGAGAGCUGUAUGCCGGUACAGUCAGUAAUUUCCAAGGAAACGAACCCAUCAUUUACAAGAGUCUAAGCCAAGGAACGGCUCUAAAAACAGAAAACUCACUCAACUGGCUUCAAGACCCAGCCUUUGUUGGCUCUGCCUACAUACAGGAGAGCCUGCCCAAGGGCAACCUUGUGGGCGAUGACGAUAAGAUUUACUUCUUCUUCAGUGAAGCGGGAAAGGAGUUUGAUUUCUUUGACAACACCAUUGUGUCACGCAUUGCUCGCGUGUGUAAGGGUGACAUGGGAGGUGAGAGGGUUCUGCAGAAGAAAUGGACGACCUUCCUGAAGGCUCAACUCUUGUGCUCUCUGCCUGAUGAUGGCUUCCCCUUCAACAUAAUCCAAGACAUGUUUGUGCUGACACCCAGCCCCGAGGACUGGAAGAACACUGUGUUUUAUGGAGUAUUCACGUCUCAGUGGUAUAAUGGUGCUUCAGGAAGCUCUGCAGUGUGCUCCUUCACUAUGGACCAGGUGGAAAAGGCGUUCAAUGGGCGAUACCGUGAGGUCAACAGAGAGACUCAACAGUGGUACACAUACAAUCAUCCGGUCCCAGAGCCUCGGCCUGGUGUGUGUAUCACAAAUGCUGCCAGGGAACAGGACAUCUCCUCCUCGCUGCACAUGCCAGACAAGGUGCUGAAUUUUGUCAAAGACCACUUCCUGAUGGACAGCGUGAUCCGCAGCCAGCCUCUCCUGCUAAAACGUAAUGUUCGCUACACGCAGAUCGCUGUCCAUCGCGUCCAGGCGGCAAAAAAAGCGUAUAAUGUCAUCUUCAUUGGCACAGAUGAUGGGAGACUUCAUAAAGCCAUUAAUGUCAAUAACAAGAUGCACAUCAUUGAGGAGAUGGUGCUCUUUCGUGAUUCCAAACCAGUGCAACACAUUGAGCUGGACACUGAAAAGGGUCAGCUUUAUGUUUCCUCUUUCUCUGAACUGGCGGAGGUCCCAGUAGCUAACUGCACUAAUUAUCAGAGUUGCGGGGAGUGCAUCCUCUCCAGGGAUCCUUACUGUGCUUGGAAUGGUAGGCAGUGUGUGGAUGUCAGACUGGCUCCACCAAGCAGUGCCUUGCAGCAGGAUGUAGAUGAAGCUGACACAUCAGCUAUUUGCAACAAGACAGUGCCAAGCCCACGGUUUGCUAAACCUCCACCUACACGAAUGUCUUCAUGCCAGGUGAUCAUUAUCCCAGCCAACACGUUCAAAGUACUCCCUUGCAAGCUGCGCUCUAAUUUGGCAGAGAGGAGGUGGGAGUUCAGUGAGAGUGCAGGUCACUUCCAUUACCCCAGCCCAGAGGGGGGAUUGGUAGUGGUAGCUCAAGCUGACAGGCAGGAAACCUAUGAGUGCUGGUCAGUGGAGGAAGGCUUCAGACAGCUGCUGGCAAACUACUGUGUGAGGGGCGAGGCCAAGCACGAGAGCACCACCCUGAGAGGCCGCUCACGUACGCCACAGGUCUCCCAGGAGGAGUUCAUCAUCCUGCCAGGAGAGGCCCGCUCACCGCAGAUCAACACUAAGACGUACUGGAACGAGCUGAUCGUGGUGUGUUCCCUCCUGGCGUUUUCCCUGGUGGUCUUCUCUCUAUUUGUGGUCUACAGGAACCGCGACGACAUGAAGUCCAUGCUCAAGGAGGGAGAGUGCCCCAACAUUCAGCAGAAGAAGCCCAGGAUAGUGGUGAAACCGGCUGAGAACUUGCCGCUAAACGGCAACACAGUCACAGCGUCGGCGUCAGAUCACAAGGGCUACCAGACCCUUAACGACAACUACAUCUGCAGCACUCCCCCGCACGAGUGCUCAUCGCCCGACAACAGCAGGAGCUUCUUAGAGUCGGAGAAGAGGCCUCUGAACUUGAGAGAGAGUCAUGUAGAGAUUUCUCCCACAUGCCCACGGCCAAGAGUCAGACUGGGCUCCGAGAUUAAAGACUCUAUAGUGUGAGGCUGGCUUUAUGUUGUGUGGAGGGACUCAUUUUAAACUGAAAGAAAAGAGUGCACUUGCUGAGAGAGACAAAGCCCUAUAAGAGGGAAGACUGAGGAUCAUUCGACUCUUCAUGGAGAGACAUUUCAUUUCACAGAUUUUGCACUUUUUGUUCUGUCCCUGUGGUCCAUGUUUAUUUCAUUUUGUUUUCCUCUCACUCCCUCGUAUUCAAGUGCAUUUGAAGCACACUGAAGAAGUUCCAGUUUGCCUUCAGACUUUUGAUGCUUUCACUACGGCUCACAGGAAUGUAACAAGCGAAGAGGCGAUGUCACGACUAAGAUUCACUGAUUUAGUUUCAUAGCAUUGCCGCUCAGUCCGUCUAUAUAAUCUACUGGCAAUGCUUUGAAAGGCAGAGUAAUAUUCAAACAUGUUCCCACUAACGACUUAUAGUGUUUACUGUUUUAAUUGCAUUCUGUCAUCUGUUAAGAGCCUAACCUUUCCCUGAGGCUAUGCACUAUGUACUGGUCUGUAGCAAGGUAAACACUCACACCAGAAUAUACACGAACAGCAGCCGGCAGGCGAGAAAGAAAAAAAAAAAAGUCCUGUCAUAGAUUUUUUUAGAUAGCCAGUAUGCAUUUACACAAGUAUACUCAUUGUUUAGGCUUGAAUACAACACAGCAACAGAGAAAGAAUUAAGAGUAGAAGAGUUGUGCUAACAGACUGAAAAGGUUGAUUAAAAAAACACAGAUAUUUAUAAAGAGAACACAAACAAGGAUUCACCUCAGUGGAAACUCUACCCACCUCAAUCACCGCACACCAAAAACAUGAAUAUUAUAUAGUCAUAAAUGAUGACAUGCUAUGUUUUUAAGUAUUGGUAUUAUUAGUGGAUACAAAUAUUCCUCCGUGGAAGCCUGACUUUCAACAGGGUUUUCUUUCACCAAAUGUGAUAAAGGGAAAAAUGUCAUUCCAGGUAUUAUCAUGCUGUUCUUCAUGAGAUAGACAGUCUAUGCAAAGCAAAUAAUGUGAAGUGGGGUAAAUACCAAGACAACCUCACCUCGAGACUGAGUUAGCACAAAGGUGUUGGCGCUAGUAAUUACUUUAGGAUCAGCAGCACUGCAAACACACACACACACACACACACACACACACACACAAGCUCUCAUUACACUAACUGUAGGUAUGCAAGAGAUUUUAGCUAUUUUGGUGUAUUUUAGUGCAGAAUAUUGCCGAAAUAUUUCUCUUACAGAGAGGCAUUUUUCAUAUUCUUUAAUUUUACAAAUAACUAUCACUAUUCUCAAAGGGAAAUAAUAAUACAUAUUUAAAUAAUACACCUAUUCAUAAUCUGAUUUAAAUAACACAUCCGUGUAGCCUCAACUUUGAUAUACAUAUUAAUUGAGUGUUAAUGAGUGGAAGAAAAUGGCCUCUGCUUGCUUAAAUGGUUUGAAAGGCAACCAUAAAAGCAAUAAUUGUUAUUCUCAUCCAGUAAUAUAGUUAUAAUUGUGGAUUUUAAUGAUCUUGAUUAGUCAUUUACCUUAUUCAGAAAUAAUGAAUUAUAAACCAUAUGAUCCAACAAAUUUGUGGGUCAGAGGUUGGAGUAACUUGAAAGCAUUUUUAUACAAUAUAAUUGAAGUCUUACUUGAGUUGAGCUCUAGUAUUUCAAUGUGGCCAGCAAAAUUACAAUUUCACAAAAAUGCAGGAAGGCAUUCUGCUUGACUCAGAAUGCAUAGGAUUUGCACAUGGUGUUGAAAAGCCUUAGUAUAAUGCAGGUUAUGGGUUUGAUAACAAAUCUAAAACGGAUAAUGCCUUCUGAAACAAUAAUCAAGAGACGUGCCUCUUGGAGAGAUAAACUAACCAGGUAGUAGUGCUGUAGAGUCAAAUGCUACACUGUAGCUGUGACAGGACUGGCCAUGCUCAGACACAAGAGUGAAAACAUUGAAUACGUGUGAUUUAAUAUUGUCAAGUUUGUACAGUACGUGCUCAUGAGGUGUUGUUUUUUUAUUUAAUUUUCAUCACAGUGGCUUCAACUUUAGUCAGGGACUCAAUUUUAUUCUAAAACUGUAGCACAUGAAUUACCACUGGCUGAUUUUAAAAGACUGAAUUAUUGACAAGUAUUAUGUUACAUUUCCUGUAAAUGGCACUGAAAAAAAUGACUCAAAGGCUGGUCAACUCUAAAGAUUCAUGCUUAGACUGUUAAUAAAAACAAACAAUUGGCCGCUUUUGGUGAAGUGGCUGCCGUCAGAACAAUAUACAAUUGCAGAACAAAUACAAAGUGGCAGUGACUUAGUGAAAUAUGUGCAGGUACUGAACAUGCUUUCAUUGAAUACAAGCCUAAACUAUUAAUGCCACAGUGAAAGUAUCGUCGUCUGCUAUCUCUUAAUGAACCACUGUAGUCUGGCCUUUUAUUUGUGACAGUACAAGUUGCUCAGACUCUUGUCAACAUGUAAGUAAAAAACGUUUUUUUAUGUAAAAUUGUUUUGUAAAUUCAGCUGCCAAUGUAAAAAUAUCGUGAAUUGUAUUUUUUUGUAUCAUACAUCACUACUGUUUGUUUUUUCUUUUUUGUAUUGUAUAUAAAAAGCACUUUA